UCCGGCCUUACAGAUAAGAGAACUACAACAGAAAUAUUUCACUUUGUGAUAGGAAGGAAUUGCGUAACCAUGCUGCGUAUUUUGUUGGUCAUUUUGGCCAUAGAAUCGACGGUUUUAUGCAAUCCUGUUAAACGAUAUGUACCACAUUUUGCUGAUGGUAACCGAGUAACAACUGUUACAAGUCAUUCUAUUAAUGAAGCUUCCGGUUUAUGUGCGAGCAGAAUUCAUAAAGAUGUGUUGUACACACAUAACGACUCUGGUGAUACUCAUAGGAUAUUUGCAUUCAGCACCACAACUGGUCAUCGUAUUGGCACGAUUAUAAUUGAUGGUGCACAUGCACAGGACUGGGAAGAUAUCGCAUGUGGACCAUGUCCAGGGGGUUCCGGACACUGUAUCUACAUUGCCGACACCGGAGGUAAUGCAGGUGGAGACGCUAAUACUAUAUAUAGAAUAAGGGAGCCGUCUCAAAUACACAACGAAAUGCAUGUCCAAUUAGACUCUACAUUACAGUUCAGCUACUAG